GCCAGCCGGGACCAAGGCAAGCCAGGUCUGGGCACCGGAAGGAUCCACAGCUUUCAAGUGUCUCAUCUCAGCCCGAUUCUGCGCUGCCCUCUUGAGUAACAUCUCUGAUUGUGAUGAGACGUUUAACUACUGGGAACCAAUGCACUACCUCAUAUAUGGGAAAGGGUUCCAGACUUGGGAAUACUCUCCAGUCUAUGCCAUACGCUCCUAUGCCUACCUGUGGCUUCAUGCAUUGCCAGCCUUAUUCCAUGCUAGAGUUCUACAGACAAAUAAGGUUCUUGUCUUUUAUUUCCUGCGAUGUCUCUUGGCCUUCCUGAGUUGCAUUUGUGAGCUUUACUUUUAUAAGGCCGUAUGUAAGAAAUUUGGGUUGCAUGUGAGUCGGCUGAUGUUAGCCUUCUUAGUUCUCAGCACUGGCAUGUUUUGCUCAGCUGCAGCCUUUCUCCCCAGCAGUUUCUGUAUGUAUACCACAGUAGUUGCCAUGACGGGUUGGUAUAUGGAUAAGACCUCUAUAGCCGUGCUGGGAGUGGCAGCUGGAGCCAUUGUGGGUUGGCCCUUCAGCGUGGCUCUUGGGCUGCCUAUUGCUUUUGACUUCCUGAUCAUAAAGCGGAGGUGGAAGAGCUUCCUGAACUGGUGUCUGGUUGCCCUGAUCCUGUUUUUGGUCCCCUUGGUGAUUGUUGAUAGUUAUUACUACGGGAAGCUGGUAAUCACUCCUCUCAACAUAGUUUUAUACAACGUUUUCACAUCUCAUGGACCCGAUCUUUAUGGUACUGAGCCCUGGUCCUUCUAUUUUAUUAAUGGCUUUCUGAACUUCAACGUGGCAUUUGCCUUGGCCUUGCUCGCCCUGCCACUGACCUCUCUAAUGGAAUGUCUGCUACAGAAAUUUCAUGUCCAGAAUCUGGGUCGCCCAUAUUGGCUUACGCUAGCUCCUAUGUACAUCUGGAUCAUGAUUUUCUUCUGUCAACCCCACAAAGAGGAACGGUUUCUGUUUCCCAUAUAUCCUCUCAUCUGUCUCUGUGGAGCUGUGGCUCUCUCUGCCCUUCAGAAAUGUUACCACUUCGCAUUCCAGCGUUACCGCCUGGAGCACUACACAGUGUCCUCCAACUGGCUGGCUCUGGGGACGGUUUUUAUCUUUGGGCUGUUGUCUCUCUCGCGCUCUGUGGCUUUAUUCAAAGGCUAUCAUGGACCUCUGGACCUGUAUCCGGAAUUUCAUAGGAUUGCCACUGAGCCGACUAUUCACACAGUGCCAGAGGGGAGGCCAGUUAAUGUUUGUGUGGGGAAGGAGUGGUACCGAUUUCCGAGCAGCUUUCUCCUGCCAGAUAAUUGGCAGCUCCAGUUCAUCCCAUCAGAGUUCAGGGGCCAGUUACCAAAGCUGUAUGCCAAGGGACCAAUAGACAUGAAUGACCAAAACAGAGAAGAGCCAUCCAGAUAUAUUGACAUUUCCAAAUGCCAUUACCUGGUGGAUUUAGAUAGAGCAACUGAAACACCAAGAGAGCCGAGAUACUCUUCCAACAAAGAAGAAUGGGUCAGCAUUGCCUAUAAACCAUUCUUGGAUACUUCCAGCUACCACUGGCAAAUUCCAGGAAUAUCAUAAAAGUGGGAUCUCCAGUCAGCCAAUCUGCAGGUCAUCCAGAAAUAUGAAGUCCUCUCCUGGCUAGUCUCUACAGCAUUCAGGAAAGGAGGUAUCCAGACAAGAAUCUUUCCAGCUCCCCUACUUUAGGUAAUGUAUAUUUCCUUACACACCACCUUCUGUUUAUUUAAGACAUAGAAGCUGCUUCGGUCAGCAAGAUGUCAGUCCUAGCUCUCAAGCAGGAGUUACCAUUGCUCUUCGACUCUGCAGCCACUCUUGGCAUUCACUCCAGAUAUAAAGGACAGUACCAAUUUCAAGAAAGCAAGUGAGGAUUUCAUGCCCUCCAUCUUUCCCAGGUCCUUCUGCCAGUAUGUGUGGAUUAUCUGGACGUCUCACUAAAUCAAAUCCCAGCCAUUGCAGGGGCAUGGAACAUUGGUGCACCUCUGUUCUUCCUGUUCUCUGCCUGUGGCACUCCUCAGUUCAGUCUCCUGAAGACUGUGAUACUUUUGUUUAAUUCUGGCUGUGGGGCCAGCCCUGGUAAUCUUAAACUGUGUGGCUCUUUCACACAACAACCAGAGCCAGUUUGUAGCUGACUGUCAUGAUGGCCUUUGUAUACGCUUUGUGGUUUGUUUGGUUUUUUUUGCUUUUGUAUCAGUUUUCUCUAAGUGCUGUUGAGCUUAGCAACGGAAUACACAGAAAACAGAUUACAAAAAGAAAAGGGUGGAGGGAACAAAGAUGUCUCUUCCAAUCUAAACUCUGUUGUAGUAACCUUAGAUAUUACAACAAGCAGCCAGAUAUUUUUAGAGACGUGACAUUUUUAAAUUGACUGUCCCUUCUGAAGUCUUUAAAAGCCUGACUUACAGGAAUUUCUCAUGUUCUUUGUGAUAAAAUUAUCUGGUCAUGGAAAAAAGGCAGGAAAUACCCAAAUGACUGGUGGUGAAACACAUCGUCCCUGUUAUGAAUUACCAUAAGUAUUGAAAUACAGUGUAUAGAAACUUUCACUGGAAACCAUGAAUACAGAAGUGCAUGAAUAGGACAGCUCUGAGCACUACCCCAAUUCUCUGCACACUAAAAGCUAAGAACACACCAUUACCUGUUGAAUUAAACUGUUAUGGUCCUAUUGAGAUCCAUCUCCCUGUCCAGUGAACAGGGCUACAAUGCAGGCCAAGGGUCAAGAGGGAAGCAGAAGUCUGCACCCUGUGAGUAACCCCCCUGCUAUCCUCCCUGGGCAGAGCCCCAGCUGGCCCAUCAGUCUGGCCCAAUAAAAAAGAAAAUCCCACCUCCCAAAAAAGCCAUAAUUUGGGUGAAAUUGGCAAAACCUGAAUAAAAGAUAGGGAUUUUUCAGCAAAAGUUUGUAAAUACCAAUAAUGAAGGGCCUUAGUACUAGGUUCACUGAAUUUUAGUUUAGAGAGAGUUUGCCGGUCCCAUAGAAUUUUUCUAUUUUCCCAAUACUGCUUGGGGGCAGUUUAAUGCAAAUGGCUCAUCUACCCCGAUGGGGAACCAGAAAAACAGCCAUACUGAGUCAGACCUAAGGUCCAUGUAGCCCAGCGUCCUGUCUUCUGACAGGCGGCAGUGCCAG